ACUAGUAGUUUAAUAAACAAUUAUACGUGCAUAGAUCAUCUCUCAAUCUAACAAUUGUAUAUUGUUACCAAAAAAAAAAAAAGAAAAAAAAAGAGAAGUCAAAUAACGAUAAACUAGUGGUGACUACUAAAACACUACUAAACUAAAUAAAAACAAAUCCGAGAUCUCUUCUUCACAAAACCCUAGAUCCACAACAAUGGUGGACGAGAAGAAAUCGAAGCAGAGACAUCGAGUCAUGGUCUUCGAAUCCAUGUAUCCCAUCGUCGCUCUUAUGCUUAUACUCGUCGCUUGCGUCGAGCUUUGCGAUGCAGCUACUGUUGUCGAUGUGUAUCGUCUAAUCCAGUACGAUAUCUCCGGUGUUCCUUUUGGUUCUCGUUUCUCUUCUCUUAAUCAUCAUGCUGCUUCUCUUAGCUUCCAACGUGGUGCCGAUCUAUCUCGUUCUGUACUUAUACUUCCUCUUCGUGAGCUUGACAUUGGUUUUGUUCAAGAUUACAUAUCGCAAAAGCAGUCGCUUGGUGGAUUGUUGAUUUUGCUUCCUCAGACGUUUAGGCCUGGGAAUGUUGGUGGUGGAAGUCUAAAUUCUGAAAAUGAUGGGUUUAGGAAGUUAUUAGCUCAACUUGAGAAGAUACUUGUUCAUGGAAACAUACCUUUUCCUGUGUACUUCGCAUUUGAGAAUGAAGAGACUGAUGCUAUGUUGGCUGAUGUAAAGAAAAAUGAUGCACUUGGUCAGCAAGCUACUGCUACUACAGGCGGAUAUAAGCUUGUCAUCUCUGUAUCAGAGCCUAGGAAAAUUGCAUCUCCCACCAUCACAAACAUCCAGGGAUGGCUACCCGGAUUAAGAGCAGAAGGAGAUUCCAACCAGCUUCCAACAAUUGCUGUAGUUGCAUCCUAUGAUACCUUCGGAGCAGCUCCGGCAUUAUCAGUUGGAAGUGACAGCAAUGGAAGUGGGGUCGUGGCGCUUCUUGAAGUGGCUAGACUAUUUUCCGUUCUGUACUCAAAUCCCAAGACAAGAGGGAGAUACAAUUUACUUUUUGCACUAACAUCUGGUGGACCCUACAACUACGAAGGAACUCAAAAGUGGCUGAAGAGCCUUGAUCAGAGGAUGCGUGAGAGCAUUGAUUAUGCCAUUUGCUUGAACAGUGUUGGGUCUUGGGACAGUGAACUAUUGAUCCAUGUGUCAAAGCCUCCAGAUAACGCCUAUAUAAAGCAAAUUUUUGAGGGCUUCUCUAACGUGGCAGAAGACUUGGGUUUUCAAGUUGCUCUGAAGCACAAGAAGAUUAAUAUCUCUAAUUCACGAGUUGCUUGGGAGCAUGAACAGUUUUCAAGACUCAGAGUAACUGCAGCCACAAUAUCUGAACUUUCAACUCCACCCGAGUUACUGGAAAAUGCUGGAAGUCUGUCUGACACAAGGCAAUUGGUGAAUGAAGAUGCUAUCAUUAAGGGUGUCAAAUUGGUGGCUGAAAGCCUUGCGAAACAUAUCUAUGGUCACCAAGGAAAAGACAUUAAGAUUUUUGCUGAUGACAGUAGUUUGGCUGUAAAUCCAUUCUAUGUGAGAUCAUGGUUGGAUCUUUUGUCACAAACUCCUCGGGUAGCACCGUUUCUCUCAAAGAACGAACCAUUAAUCAUGGCUCUGAAAAAGGAACUAGAGGAUUAUACUGCUGAAGUUAGUGUUCAACAUGAAUCUUUAGACGGAAGUUUCACCUUUUACGACUCAACAAAGGCUAGCCUUAAUAUAUACCAGGUGGCGAGUGUAACCUUCGACUUGCUCUUGCUUCUGGUUCUAGGAUCAUACUUGAUAGUGCUUUUCAGUUUCCUCGUCAUCACAACUCGGGGUCUGGAUGACUUGAUAAGCUUAUUUCGCCGGCCUCCUUCCCGGAAAGUGAAAAUGGGAUGAUUUGCUUCCUUUCCGGUAACUUUAUAUUCUUCUCAUACCUGCCUUUUGGCGAUUCACUCUCAGAUAUGUUUUUUGAGUCGUUAGAAUUUGAAUCAUGAAGAAUUCAAAGAUGAAGAGGCAACAAGAAAAAAUGAGUGUUCGU